AUGGAGCCCAUCAAGCUGAUUGUCGUCGGACCAGCUGGGAGUGGAAAAACAACGAUUUCGAAUUUCCUGGCUGAUGCCACUGAGAUUCCCUUCGAGUACAGGCCCACCCAGGGUGUUAGGAUCCUUGAAUUCGAUGUUUCAAAUGUCAAUGCGAAGAAUAAACAGACGAAAGUGGAUAUCGAGCUCUGGGACUGCAGUGGAGAUCGCAAGUUCGAAAGUUGCUGGUCAGCAUUCAGAAAAGACGCCCAAGGUGUAAUAUUCGUCUACUCCAAGCUCACCCCAGACCUCGUGUGGGAGCUGGAGAAACUCUACGACUAUUUCGUCACUCAGACGAAGUUGGAGCCUAAAAACUGUGUAGUUUUUUACUUCGCUGGGGAUAAAUCCCAUCUCGACCUGCCAAAACGAAUAUCCCCAGCAUUUGCAAAAAUAUCUCAAGUAAACUGCAACAUCGAAGACGAUGGGAACAAGUUGAAAAGCGAUUUCCAGACAUUUUUGGGGACCCUGAUGACGAUGAUCCAGGAGAAGAAAGAGCAGGAGGAGAAUCUUAUCCUCAGGGACAAUACAAUGGCCUUCAGAUGAAGAUGAUGACUCAUCCACAUGAUUAUUUAUUCUACAAUUAAUUCAUCCAUUCAUCUGUCCUCUCUUCGAUCAUUCCUUUGAAAAAAUAAAAUGAAGAAUAAAUUGGUUAA